UCAUUGUCGUCGUCAUGGAGAAUAAGAACAUUUUCGUUACGUCGUUUUAUAAGUUAGCUGUACUACUCAGACUGAGUUUAGUACAUGGUCCGUUGUGAUGCAUUUAGUUGGCUGGGUAGAAGUAGUAGUGGUAGUGACCUGUAUAGAGGCAGCAUGCGAAGAAAGAGGCAGGCAAUUACUAUGUAGCUACGCACUGACUGGAUUCCGAGAGACCUGCUCUACCUCGAUGCUACCGAAACAAAGACAACAAUUAGUCGCAGCGUCAUAAUUAACUGGUGUCAGUCAACUUUUUUCAGAGAGUGACUUUAUGCACUAUGAAGCUCAUCUGUGAGUUUUUAAAAUAUUUUCUGUCGUAUCAAAAUAUAAAUGCAUAAACUAUACGAAAAAUAAAUAAUGGAAUUAACGCCAGUUUUCAUAAAACUGCAUUCCUUAACACGUGUAAAGUUUAGUGAUUCUGCAAGUGAAACGAAAAUACUGUUUCCCCUUUGAUGUCUGAAUCAAGAAGGACGUUAUUAAGGAAAAGUGGUGGUAUCUCAAAAAAGUUUUUUUUUCUUCAGAACUCGGCUGUUCCGUGAUCAGCUUUCGAACAAACAGGACACAGCACGUAUGAAUAAUUUGCGAACUACAUACAAGAAGAAUGCCAAAUAUUUCAAAAACCAAAAUUGCAGAUUUAAAACAUGCACAGUCAGUUCUGUUGUAAACAAAUCCAACGCAUAUGUGUGGAGAUAAAAACAUUUAAUAAAGUACGCGUUUAAUAGUGAGCAGUAAAGUGUGAUAACUAACUGACAAAUGAUUCACGAUUCAUAAAUUUCACGGCAUAGAUUUUCGGUUCCUGGUCGAUUGUCGUGCGAUUGGAAGACCAGUGCAUGCGCUGUAAAGUUUGGCGGGAAGAGACAGCAGCGCCGUGCUUGUGAGAAAGACAGAGUACAUCACUCCCUUCCAGCAGCAGAGGAGAUGGUGCGCGACGCUCACAGCCGCCAUUUUCUCACACGGCUGGUUGUCCUCGUCGCUGUGUCGGCGUCGCUCUUGGAUUCCUCCAGCACCGCUGACUCAACCAAGGAACCCGAUCAAGAGGCCCGUCCAGAGCAGUUACGGGGAAGUAGCAAGGAUUCCCGUGGCCUGUUCUCCCCUCGCAUGGAAUAUGACGAAUGGACGCCUCUUGGACGAGGAGACCCCUUGAAGAACGAUCCAACUUACGACUAUGUGCCUCCAGUUCUGGAAAGAGUCCACUAUUGGAUCGAGCCAUCGUCUCGGACUCCGGAUCCACCGAUUCCUGCCAUCGGGUACGCUUCAAAAGACCCGGAAGUCAAUAGAGUGUUUCACAAGAGACCUGAUGAUGUCCACAGAGAGACAGAAAACUCGUCAGCAGAUUCCAGGAAAGACGUCUAUGAUCCUUUCUUUCUUAAACUUGUAGAUGGACCAACAUUCUCAACGCAACACCGAAAUCAGCAACACUUCUACCACCACCAUUACCUCGUACGGCCUUCCUCAACCGCGUCACAGCAACCAAACAGUCCUGCAUCUAUCCAUCACUAUAUCUCCCCACAUCACUCCCAUUCAUACCAACAGAAGAACCAUCAGAAGCAGAGACCAUAUGAAAAUUACCCUCUAACUGAAAAACAAAAUCAGAAAGAGAAUCAGAGGACAACGCUGGAGUCAGUUGAAAGUCAGGCAGAAAGAAAGCAAAAUAGGCCUUAUUUUGAGACUCAAAGUUUCCAAACAGAAGCGCAUAACCACCAGGAAGAGAACCAACAACCGAGACCACCUUACACAAUUCUGGUGCCUCCACCUCUGCAAAUCCCAAAUUCGUUCACUAGUAUGUCAGACACCCAGAAACCGUUUCAAGUGGUAGAAAUGAAAAAGGUAACAACAGAAGCCCCAUCAAGAGACCACCCUUCUGUUACACCAGAACAAGCAAAUCUUGUGUACCAACAUUCCUCUACACUACCCACACUCGAAUGGGAGGAAGGAAAGACACAGCUGGCAACCCUGGCAGAAAUCAGUAGUCAUGUGACCCAGAAAGCACCAACAUCCACCAAACAUGAUAAAUAUCCCUUUGGUAACAUUUACCACGAACCAUUCAGUACCACAACUGUGCACCACCACUCACCAGACUUGGAAGUUGUGCCGUCGAAGGAGUUACAUUUCAGUGACAGUAAUAAUAUAAACUUACCCACACAUCAACAACCCCUGCAGUGGAGUUCCAACAUAAUGGUAACAACAGUAGCAAGCAGCACUGUCUCCAUGACAACAGCCUCUCCCCUGACAACAGAUCCACUGUUUUCCCAUUACAAGCAGCCUAUAGAACCACUUCGAGGUCCAAUGUAUCUCAUUAUACAAGGACAUUCAAAAGUGAAAACUUAUGGAGCCACCAAACAGCAGAACUCUUAUCAUGGCAUCCCGAUACAAGAAAGCAAUGAUAUUAAUCAACAAGGCAGUGCAGAGAACAAUGACAGAAUUGGGAAGGCAGUAGAGGAUUACAAUGGGAAUGAACCAUUUAGAAAGAAUAUUUUCAAUUCAGUAAGAAAAGAAACUACAUACUUACAAAAUCAAGACAAUGCUAAAAUCUCAACAAAAAAGAGUGCAAGUAAUGAAAAACAAAAACACUUUGAUCUUCUAGUUGCUGCAGCAAAAUCCAUGCCAUUCACAGACGAAGAUGUAACUCCAGCACGAAAAAAACGGCAGUUGACUUUGGAUGAUGUCAUCCAAUUUGAUGACAUCACAGCUGAAGAAGUAUGAGCUCCAGACUUAAAGUCAAACACCUGGUAAAGAGACACAUUCAGAGGUUCUUAUUCAUGAGUUAGAAGCAUUCUUCAGCCCCAAACAUGCCCUUCAAAGUGUAGAUAUAUUUAAGAAUGGCAAUACUUUCUGAGCAUCCAACAAUGAGGCUGUUACAUUUUUUAAAGUAGCAAUGGUUCCUUAUCAUUCAACUCUGGAACUGUUACACUAAGAAUAGCAAUGGUCCUUGAUCGUGUGACUGUCAAACUGG